AUGUCAACAUUGUCUGCUUUCUCAGACCAGUUACCUGAUGGGUCAUUACGAGAGAUGAAUUUCUACGACUCUUCCUUCUUCAAAGAUCCAAGCAAACGCCUCCCGACCCCUUCGGAAGUAAAAGCUUUAUCGGAAGAUGCUCAUACGAGCCCCCACCCGAAGCCAAUUAUAUUCAAAGACUCCGAUCUCUUUGUCAAGUUUGGUCCUUGUGUUACCACCGCAGAAGCACAGUGUCUUUGGAUGAUCAAACGGGUCUUUGGCGACGACGUUCCAGUUCCUGAAGUUUUCGGGUGGCGAGUAGAUGAUGAGAAGAACCAUGUUUUCAUCUAUAUGGAGCUUAUCCAAGGACGAACAUUGUUGGAUCGUUGGAACGAACUUACUGAUCUAGAUCAAAACUCGCUCCGUAAUGAUCUUAUUCAGAUCAUUAAAGCUUUACGCCGACUUGAACAAGAUCCUCUUCAGCAAUAUAUUGGUUCGAUAAGCCACCAGAAAGCUCAAGAUUAUGUCUUUCAAUCAUAUCCAGAAGCCGGCCCUUUCUCUACUGUUAAAGAGUUCCAUGACUGGUUUUCCUCUUUACCACAACAACGGCUUCCUCCGUCGAAAAAAUUCAAAGAUCCAUAUAGGGAUUCUUUACCUGACGACGAAGACAUCAAAUUUACUCAUGCAGACCUCCACCGAAGUAACAUCAUGGUUUCUUCCAGCAAGCCUGCUCGUAUCCUUGCUAUCGUGGAUUGGGAGCAAGCAGGGUGGUAUCCAAGCUAUUGGGAAUAUUGCAAAGCACGCUACACAUGCUGGUCCGAGGACGAAUGGCGAUGGGAAUGGAUUGACAAAUUUUUAUGUCCACGACUGCCAGAACUUGAGGUUUUUGUAGAAUACAUAUUAUCAAUAGGGUCUGUCUGA